AUGAGCUUGGCGAGUGCGGCAGUGUCAGCGGCUGGGCACCAGGGUGGGGCGCGCCAGCGAGACUUGAUGAUGGAGCAUAAAGUCAGUAAGCUGACCUUUGGCUUCCAGCGCAGCUCCACCUCUGAUGAUGACUCGGGCUGUGCCCUGGAGGAGUACGCCUGGGUCCCACCUGGCCUCAGGCCCGAACAGGUCCAGUUAUAUUUUUCCUGUCUUCCUGAGGACAAGGUGCCCUAUGUGAACAGCCCAGGAGAGAAGUUCAGAAUCAAACAACUCCUUUACCAACUGCCACCACAUGAUAAUGAAGUACGUUACUGCCAGUCCCUUAGUGAGGAGGAGAAGAAGGAGCUACAUAUGUUCAGUGUCCAGAGGAAGAAGGAAGCACUGGGGAGGGGCACGCUCAAACUACUGCCCCGCAAUCUUCUGCACAGUGUUUGUGAGCAUUGUGGCGAAAACAUCAGUGGGGGAGAGAUGGCAGUGUUUGCCUCCAGGGCCGGCCCUGGGAUGUGCUGGCACCCAGCAUGCUUUGCCUGCUCCACUUGUAGUGAGCUGCUGGUGGAUUUGAUCUACUUCUACCAGGAUGGAAAGAUCCACUGUGGAAGGCACCAUGCUGAGCUACUGAAACCUCGCUGCUCUGCCUGUGAUGAGAUUAUCUUUGCUGAUGAGUGCACAGAGGCAGAGGGGCGGCAUUGGCACAUGAAGCACUUCUCCUGUUUUGAAUGUGAGACAAUUUUGGGGGGCCAGCGCUAUAUCAUGAAGGACGGCAGGCCAUACUGCUGCGGUUGCUUUGAGUCUCUCUAUGCAGAGUACUGUGAAGCCUGUGGAGAACACAUUGGUGUGGAUCAUGCUCAGAUGACCUAUGAUGGGCUCCACUGGCAUGCCACUGAGAGCUGCUUCAGUUGUGCCCAGUGUAAGAGCUCCCUUCUGGGCUGUCCCUUCCUGCCGCGUCAGGGCCGCAUUUAUUGCUCCAAAGCCUGCAGCCUGGGGGAAGAUGUCCAUGCCUCUGACUCCUCCGACUCUGCCUUCCAAUCAGCGCGCUCACGUGAGUCCCGCCGCAGUGUGCGCAUGGGCAAAAGCAGCCGCUCAGCUGACCAGUGCCGCCAGUCACUCCUCUUCUCACCCUCUGUCAACUAUAAAUUUCCUGGCUUCAGCGGAAAUGCUGAUGACACCUUGACCAACAAGCUGGCUCACAUGAACUUAUCUGAUGAACGCUUCUGGAGGGGACGUGCUGAGGAGACUGAGGUGCCUGAGGAUCAGGAGGAGGAGUGGGCUGAGCAUGAAGACUACAUGACUCAACUGCUGCUUAAGUUUGGGGAACAUGGGGUCUUCCAGCAGGCUGAUGACUCGAGGCCCACUGAUGUGUGGAUAACUGAAACAGACGCAAAGACUAAGCAGGACUCCUCCAAACCUGGGGGCAGUGCAGGUGGUGGAGGAAGGGGGAGCCAGAGUCUGGCCAGUAAGAAGUACCAGGCUGACAUGUACUGGGCCCAGUCACAGGAUGGGCUAGGGGACUCAGCCUAUGGUAGCCACCCUGGCCCAGCGAGCAGCAGAAAGAUCCAGGAACUGGACAUGGAUCAUGGGGCUGGAGGAGGCUUCCAAGGAGAGGAACAACAGUGGUACAAUGACUCUUUAGAGUGCAUCACUGACGAGUUCAAGAAGGCUGAUCAGAGUGUCCGAGACUCCAUGGACUCACUGGCUCUUUCCAACAUCACUGGGGCCUCAGUUGAUGGUGAAGGUAAAGACAGGUCGCUGGUAUAUUCCUUGCAAAACUUCCAUGAACUUGAGACAGAGGACUGUGAAAAAAACAGUAAUAUGGGAACCCUCAACUCCUCCAUGUUACACAGAAGUGCCAAUUCCCUCAAGAGCCUUGUAUCUGAGCAGGAAGAGGAGGUUGAAGACAACGUUCAAGAAGAGGAAGAAGAAGAGGUUGCUCUCCCUGAGGAGAGACCAACACCACCCCAUGUCCCUGUGCUCAGGAGGACACGUUCCCAGUCUAGGCCACAGCAGGUCAAGUUCUCUGAUGAUGUGGUGGACAACAGCCAUUAUAGCAAUUUGCCUGUGCGCCAGCCCCCUAUGAGCGAACGGACUCGACGGAGAGUUUACCACUUUGAGGAGCAAGACCAGGAACUUCGUUCAGGUCGCCACCAUCACCAUCAUAGGAGGCGCCGCAGUCGCAAGUCUCGCUCUGACAAUGCUCUUCAUCUGGUGCCCAAGGAGAGGGCUCAUAUGUACUACAAAGAGGACCACAGAGGGAACGCCCUUGGCCCUAAGGGGCCCCAAGGGGCUUUCCAUGGCCAGCUAUCCCAUGACCACACCAACCUUGCUGCCAUGUCAGACUAUGGCCUGCAGGGCCCAGCCAUGGGGAGGUUCCUGGGACUGUACGGGGAUGAUGAUGACUGGUGCUCCACAUGUUCUUCUUCCUCCUCUGACUCUGAGGAGGAGGGUUUCUUCCUGGGUCAGCCCAUCCCCCAGCCCAGGCCUCACAGACAAUACUACACUGAUGACUUGCCCAGCCCUGUGGCAGGCAUGCCCUCUCCGCCUUAUGGCACACGGACUAAGUCCAAAAAGAAGAAGGGGCACAAGGGGAAGAACUGCAUUAUUUCAUAGACUUAUUACUCUCUUAUCAUCAGCUUUUGGGUAAUGCUCUGCCACUCGCCUCUGCCUCUUGUUGCCACUGUUUGAAAUGCCAAAACAACCUGCUUGCUAUUAAAAGCUUAAAUUCUUGCCAGCUGGACGUACUGUAUAUGUUUACACAGCACUCAAUUUAACGUGUUUGUAAAAGACACCAAGUCUUUAUUCUAAGUGUAUGCUUCUGUAGCAGUACAAGCUGUCAGUAAAGUAACAAAGAAAGUGUUUGAGUAUUGCAUAUUUAUAAAACAUCAUUUAGAGAUAAACAGAUUAUUUAACAUUGCAGAUAUGAAUGUAUAUAUUGUAGAGUUCAAAAACAAAAUGGCUAUUUUUUAUACCCCUGAGUUGAUGACAUGCCUUGUAGCAGAAUGGCAUUAAGAUAGAACUGUUGGCAGUUGGUCCAAAGUAAUUUUUCCAAGUGGGUGUCAAAAGUUAAAAGACAUACUGAGUGUGACCCAGGUUCUUUAUAUAGGUUUCUUCCAGGCUUGUGCAGCCCUAACUUGAGGAACAUUGCAUUACAGGAUCUGGUUGAAUGGUCUAUUUAUGGGUCAUGUUUUAUUGUAAACAAAUCAUAAUCUGUAAAGAUGUACAAACUGGAAUAUAAAAAUAAGAUCAAUGAUGAUUGUAAUAAAUAUAUAUAUAUAUAUUAUAUGUAUAAUGAUGUGUUGUUUUUUAGUGCUCUUAGAAAAAAGACUGAUAUAUAAAUAAGGGAGAAAGAAUAUUUCACUUACUAUAAGGCCAUACAACCUUUAUUUGUAUUAUGUAUGAAAAACUAAACACAUUUCACUUAGAGUGUUCACAUGUAAUGCAAACAUGUAUAAUCUAAACACAAACAAG